AUGAAAGAUAAAAUUGUUGUUACCAUUGAUAACCAACACUCUACGACACAGGACUGCCAAGAUAAAUAUUAUGAAUAUUUAGCACGAAUUGAACAAAAAUGUAAUAAUAUUCAGAAUUAUGAUUGUGGGGGUAUAUGCAAGGAAUGUGGUGAAAUAAACAAAACUGUAAUAUCAAUAAAAAGUGAAUGUCGUAAACUAAAUUCUUCCUUUGUUGAUGUGUAUGGAGGAAAUGAGGUAAUGAUUUACUGUGGAAAAUGUGGUGAUAAGUGUAAAUAUGUUAAGAAUACCUUUAAAUGUAGUGAAGAAAAUGAAAAAUUGAAAUUAAGUACGCAUAAAUUAUGUGUAGGUGAUAAUAUUAGUAAAGAAGAAAGGUUAUCAGAACCACAAGAGUUAAGGUCAGAAUCACAAUUGGAGACGGUUAUAUCAGAAACCAAAGACCCAGAAAGUGGUGAUCCCCCAGAACACAAGAAUCAUGCUGUCGAAAAAGAUUCAAGUCGAGGAAACGAAAUUAUACACAGAGAGCAAGAAUCUGCUCCUACAAAUAUUUCUGAUAAAAAUCAAGGCAAAUCACCUUUAUCAAUAGUUCAUCAACAUUCUACUACACCUGUGAAAGUAGAAGAUCCACAAGGAUCCUUAUCUGUCACAAGUAAUUUAGCAAAUGGCGAAUUACCAACCAGUGAAAAUGCUCAAUCUACAAAAAAAAACUCUGCAGAGUUAUCUACUUCAGGAGAUACACAUACUGUGACUACUUUAAGUGAAAGUGAUACUCAAAGUAAAAUACAAGAUUCUAAAGAUAAUGUUCAGCAGGUUGUUAAAAAGCAUGAUUAUAAUGUUGCUAAAGAGAUCUCUAAUGUAGUAACUCUUUUUUACAAUACAUUUGCUUCUACAAUACUUCGCAACAUAAGUUCUCCUAAAAGUAUUACCAAACAUAUACCCAAUAAUGAUGGAGUAGGAAAGACAGCAGAUACUAAUAGAGCAUCUGCCCAUUCUGAAGAUGAUAAUAGUCAAUCUCAUGCUAAACAGGGUUCCAGCCUUGAUAAAUCUGCUGAUAUAACUAAAGGUCGUGAAAAUUCUGGUAGUGACGAUGCCAUUUCAGUUGAAAAAUUUCCUUUAGGGACUAGUCAAGAAGGUAUUCGUGAUCAAGGUAACUAUGGAAGUGGUGCUCAUUAG